AUGGAUCCCCUCUCUGGUAUUAAGAUACCCAAAUGGCGGAAAACCAUAAAAACACUGCUAGUCCUAGUGCAUUGCUUCAAGAUCUUGGUGGUAGUGGCACUUAGCCAUCUAGGGUUCCUGAAACCUCCACUGCAAAUGACUGAGUCCAUGGAAGAACAGCAUAGCCAAAACCCUAACGGUCAUAUUCUCGUGUUCGACCCUCUGUGCCAGUCGAUACUCCCCGUUCCGAUCCACGUCUUAACAGCGUAUAUCAAGAGGCUUCCGGUAGUGGAGUUUGGUCGAGUUUUCGAGAAAUACACAAAGCAAGAAGAUGAGGAGACAGAAUGCAGUAUUUGCUUGGAGUGCAUUGAGAGAAGCCAUGAAGUGAGGGAACAGUGCAACUGCAAUCACUUGUUUCACGGGGAGUGUUUAGAUGGUUGGUUGAAUCAAGAGCAGGUGACCUGUCCUUUGUGCAGAGCUCUGCUGUUUCCGGCCACCAGCGAAAAGACGAGCUGCGGCGGAGGAAAUGUAUGGACAGUGGACAGGAAUGCAUACUUUGAAUCUUUGAUAGGUAACUCAAUGGGUAGCCUGUUGUACAGAGUAACUCAAUCGGUUGCCCGUUAUGCAGAGGAUGAUUUAAGUGCAAUGUUUAAAAUAUAG